AGGGUUGUUUAAUCGAUGGCAGAUGACGGACUAACGUUAGCUUCCUGAAGAAGUCAUGGCGAUGAUCAACAGAAGUUGUUUUGCUGCUGGUCGUUUGUGCGGUAGCCAUAUUCUGUUGUCACACAAAUGCAUUGAAAGGUCACAUGUGCACACCAGUCGUCUGACCACAGCACCUAGCACAUCGGCUACGCUGCAAGACAGAAAGAAAGAGAUUAAAGAAGAUGGUCUGGAUCUGCAGGACUUCAUAUCAGGAGAGCUUUCAGAGAAAAGCAAGUGGGAAGAAUACAGGGGCAACCUGAAACGACAAAAGGGAGAGCGACUCAGGUUACCACCAUGGCUGAAGACAGAGAUUCCUAUUGGGAAAAACUACAACCAAUUGAAGAAUACUCUCAGAGAGUUGAACCUACACACUGUGUGUGAAGAGGCCAGGUGUCCAAACAUUGGAGAGUGUUGGGGUGGUGGAGAGCAUGCUACAGCCACUGCAACCAUCAUGUUGAUGGGAGACACAUGUACACGCGGCUGCAGGUUUUGUUCUGUAAAGACAGCAAGAAAGCCUCCUCCUCUGGACCCUGAUGAGCCAUACAACACUGCUAAAGCAAUUGCUGCGUGGGGGCUGGACUAUGUGGUGCUCACUUCAGUGGACCGAGAUGAUCUUGCUGAUGGUGGUGCGGAACACUUUGCAAAGACUGUUUCCAAUCUCAAAAAGAGGAACCCCACUAUCCUGGUAGAGUGUCUGACCCCUGAUUUCCGUGGUGACCUCUCAGCAGUGGAGAAGAUUGCUCUCUCAGGCCUAGACGUUUAUGCCCACAACGUAGAGACAGUGAGAGAACUGCAGAGGUAUGUGCGGGACCCACGAGCAAACUUUGACCAGUCGCUCAGUGUGCUACGACAUGCCAAGAAAGUAAAACCAAGUGUGCUCACUAAAACCUCCAUCAUGCUUGGGCUGGGAGAGACAGAUGCACAGUUGCACUCGACUAUGAAAGAGUUAAGGGACUCUGGAGUAGACUGCCUGACCUUGGGCCAGUACAUGCAGCCAACCAAACGACAUCUGAAGGUGGAGGAGUAUGUCACUCCUGAACAGUUUGCUUACUGGGAGAAGAUGGGUCAGGAAAUGGGCUUUGUCUACACAGCGAGUGGACCUUUAGUGCGCUCUUCUUACAAAGCAGGUGAGUUCUUCCUAAAGAACCUGCUGAAAAACAGGAAGACGGAAGAAACAUCGGAAUAAAGAUCAAACUGGUCUCCCACCAUCUCUUCUUCUUCUCUCUGUCAGUACAUCUUACAGCACUACAUGACAUUUACAUUACUUCAGCUGCUUAAUCCAUUAUGUUUCCUUUGGGAAGCCACUAUAGACAGGAAGGCAUUUGGCAGUAAUGAACUGUGGGUAAUGUAGUCUUCUGGCUCAGAGAAAGUAUGGGAUAGUCAUUGAACAACUGUGGAGUGGAGAACUUGUUGAAGGAACUUGCUGUACAUAAGUCUGAAGUUUAGACUUAUCUGUUAAAAGGGGAAACAUGCUUGUGUCUUCUUAGUGGAGUAGCACAACACACAAGCCACAAGAUCUACUUAUGUAAUAGAUAGUUAAUAAAAGUAAACAAAGGCGUUCAGAGUGGUUUGAUAUGAAUUGCUCCAUUAUAGAGAAACAGUCAGAAUUGUUCACAGUGGUGGUGAUGCAAACCAGACAUCUGAAGCCUUUAAUGCCUCUAAAAGCUUCUUCACAGAAAGUUAUUACAUGAAAUCGUUGUGAAAACACUACCUGAUGUCUCAAACAUUAUUAUAACAUAGUUUGAUUGAGGUUGUGGCCUAAAAUGUUUUAGAAAAUCCAUUCAGAGAGGUAUAUACAGAGCUUUGUAAGGCAAAAUGGUCCCCAAAAACAACUUAGUUUUUCUGAUUUACCACUAAUUUACCAUCAACUUUUCAGAUAAAAACAUAGGUUUAGGUGGUACUUGUAGAUGUAGGUUCACUUGCGGUUUUAGUAAAACUAAAUGCCUUUGCGUUAUAGACAGUGAGACUUCUGGUUCUUAUUAUCACCACUGUAAAGAAACGAAUAUCCACAAAUUUGUAGUCUACAAUGAACCAUUUCAAAUCACACCACCCUGAAAAACUUUUUGAAAAUACAGAAAUUUGGUGGUGGAAUUGAAAAUUAGUGGAAUUCCAUUUUAAGACAAUUACAAAUUAAUAUUUGAAAUAAUGAAGGUACAAAGACCAUGUUGUUGCAGUGUAAUCUGUGUAAAAUUAAAUAUAACUGCAAUGUUUAUAAUGUAUUAAACAGCUAAUAAAAUGAUGUUUUUCAUUUUUGAAAAAUAACA